ACACUCGUUUUUUGACAUUUAGUUAAUACCACAUUCUUUAAUACUUAAUAAUGUCUUCCAUCAUCCGCAACGCUCUCGCGCUCAGCGCUAUCGCCGCCGUCGCCGUCGCUCAAGGCCCUGCCCCCAAGCUCGACGCUCCCUGCGCUGAUGCCGUUAUCUUCAUGGCCCGCGGUAACAAUGCGCCGUACCAGGACUACCGCACCUUCCCCUUUGUCGACGCUACGUGCGGCAAGCUGAGGGCUGAGGGCAAGACCUGCGACUUCAUCGAGGUUGUGUUCGAGACCAUGAUGAACGGCGACUUCUGCACUCAGAUUGCUACGGGAGUCCGCAACGGUCAAGCCCAGAUCACCGCUUUCAACAAGAAGUGCCCUUGCACGCACAUCAUCCUCAACGGCUUCUCUCAGGGCGCCUGGAUUACCGGAGAUAUCCUUGCUGGACCUGGUGGAUGCUCCCAGAUCACUACCGGUCUGGACAGAAGCUCGGCUCCUGGUAAUGCUAUUGCUGCUGCUCUCCUCUGGGGCGAUGUCAUGCACGUAGCCAACCAGCCAUACAACGUCCUCGACGGCGCGAGUCUGCAGAAGGACGGCCGCAGCUCCGACUCCCUCGCGCGCCUGAACACCUACGCACCUAUCCUGCGCUCUUACUGCGCUAAGGGAGACCCAAUUUGCGCCAACGGCGACGAUGUCAGCAAGCACUUGAGCUACUUCGAGCUGUACACCGACGACGCCUCGACCUGGGCUGUUGGAAAGCUCAAUGAGGCCGCCCCUCUGUGUGCCGCUCCUACCCCUACGCCCAGCGCUUCUUCCACUGCCGGUCGCCUCGUCUGCCGCUGCCUCAUCUGUCGUCGCUUCGUCUGUUGGCGUUGCUUCGGUUGGCGUCGCUUCUGUUGCCGCUGCUUCGUCUGCCGCUGUUGCGUCGUCAAGCGCUGCUGCUCCCUCCAGCAACGCCACUCUUCCCUCUUACCCUACUUCUCCUGUUCACCCUGCUCCCUUCCCUGUCCCCCAGUCAUACGAGAUUGGCUGCAUGGCCAUCCCGACGAUUGAGUAUGUCUACGUUUAAAUAAGAGUGAGAAGGACGGAAGAUGUAGUAGAGUGGAAGUAGUGAUAGUAGUAGACGGGUGUGGAUCGAUUAUAGAACUAUGAAAAAGAAUGACCGUCGUGGUCGACGUAUGCGAGAA